AUGGCUGCUAUAAAUGCAAGUUUAUUAGCCAUUAUUAGUGACUCAAAAUUGACUGGACCCAACUAUGUUGACUGGUACCGAAGCAUUAAAUUGCUCAUAACUGCAAAAGGACUCGUUAGUGUUCUUGAUGAGGAUCCUCCAGAAGAACCCCUCUCGGUUGAUGACCCUGCUUAUAUUGAGAUUUAUCAAGACUUUAUUGUGAGGGAUUCCAAAGCCUCAUUAUAUAUUCAGGGUUCCACUGAUAAGUCAUUGGUGGAGUCUAUUAAAGACAUUAGGACGGUUGGGGGUAAGAUGGCCAAGCUUGUUGAGUUGUUUAAUCGACAGCUCACUCAUGCCAAUUACGAUAUGGUGAGCCAGAUCCACAACACACGGAUGUCCCAAGGGACCCCAGUAAUGGAUCACGUCAUGAAAAUGAUAAAUCUAUUUGAGAAACUGGAGACCAUGGGGACAACAUUUGAUCUUCUUUACAAGAAGAAUGUGAUUUUGAAUUCUGUGCUAGGGUCAUAUGCUCCUUUUUCGGAUGUCAUACAAAAUCAGUGA